AUGCAACAGGUUCGGCUGUCCGUUGCACGCCCUUGUCGAUUUGUCGCUCGCCGCCGCUAUUCCGCACCGCUGUCCGCGCGACGAUUCCACAUUUCACGAACAUGGCUCGCCUCUCCGCCCCGGGACCCUCACGAUGCAGACUCCACGGCGCCAGCGAAUAUCGUGGAAGAACCUUCCCUCAAAACUGAAAACAUCUCGGACAAUGGCCCGUCGCCGCCUUCUACCUCCCCAGAGGCUGCCAAAUCAGUCACCAAAACCUACGGGUCUGCUGUACGCAGGGCGAUGAGAAAUCGAAAGUCCUCGCCGCAAGCUUCUCAAUCCAGGACAACAGUCCCGCCAUGGUUCUAUGAGUACAAUACGAUAUCACACGGCCAUGAAGAUUGUGCUGCCCAACAACUACAGCAAGUUAGGAUAGCCAAGUCGGGGCUAGUACAGGACCCGGAGGAUGUACAACGUGAGGGAUUGGCCUCCGGUGGUGAUUCAGACCCCUCUGCGUCCAGCGAACCGCCGGAAGCAGCAGAAAAUCGGUAUGCGGUGGCCGAGGAAACCUGGGAAGAGCUGCGGGCCUCUGUCAAAGCAGGCUUGCGGUUACCACCCGCAAAGUAUGCAAAAGAGCCUUCGGUGAAGAAGUCACAUCUGUCUUUACACUAUCCCGGUAAUGAUGGUAUACCCUUUUUAGAUGCGGUUGUCAAAAAGCUUGCCCAUGAUUUGGGCGCGGACCUGGUGACCCUCAAUGCCCAGGACAUUGCACAAUUGUUCAGCGAGCAAGAUCUCGCAGAUGCUGGAGUCACUUCGCCUAUUCGGUCUCUCGGUUACGAUGUAUAUCGAACUUCCACCACACCGUCAUGGUCGGAGCUCGAAGAGCCCGAAGAAGACGGCGAGGAUGACGUUUCUGAGAUUGGAGGUGGUUCCCGAGGUAUGCACGGCAACAUUGGUGCGCCUCGCUUCAUCACAAUUGAAAGCAGCAAAGAAGCAGGUGACAUCCCGCUUCCAAACUGGCUUGGGCUGAAAACCCUCCUUGGGGGAUCGAUCAAUGGCCAAACAGACCCCGACCCUGGGGCUGGAGCCUCACGAAGUGGUCUCCGUGCGGAUAAUCGGUGGGCCCAGCUAGUCAACGAGCUACUCGGAUUACCUAGCCCGGUAGUUGUACCCGCCUCCACUGAAUCGACAGAAAAGGCCGAAGCGAUCACCCGCAAGGCUUUGCCAUCUCGAGACAUCAUUUUGCACAUACAGGAUUACCGUGACAUUCAAAAUACUCGAGAGGGUUCGAAAUUCAUUUCACUCCUGCACAAAAUCAUUCAAGAACGGAGAGGAGAAGGGUUUAAGAUUCUGUUAAUCGGAACGACUUCUCAAGAAAUUCACCAUUCGCCGUCGCAAGAUGGCGCCAGUCUUCUGCAGAAUGUUCUCGACGACCCGUUCUCCAAGACCUUGCUCAUAGCUCCAGCCAUGAGCUCGAAAGCCGCUGAGAAGGUCUUCGUAGAGGACCGAAAGAAGCGCACCCUGGCUAUCAACAUUCGCCACCUGCAGAGCAUGCUUCGGUUCCGAUUACAUGAACAGGCCUUGCCUGUCAAAGAUGAUAUUCUGAGCAAUCGCGCUUGGCCACUGGAACCUUCGACUAUCAAAGAUUCCGGGAUCGAGGAUCGCUAUUGGUCUUAUAAUCAAGUCCACUGGAUUGCUACUCUUGCACUUGGCUGCGCGGAAGCCAACGAGCCUCUCGGAUUCGAACACAUUCAACGUGGAAUCGAGCUUAUGCACAAAGGCGAUCGAGCCACCAACGAAUGGCUGAAAGAGAAGUCUCCCAAGCAGAAGACUGCAGAGGCAGGACAGAGUCGCGAUCAGCUGAUCAGCUCCUUGCGCAAAACGUGCAACACGCACGAGAAAAAGCUUUUGAAUGGUGUCGUCGACGCAAAGAGUAUCCGAACUACAUUCAAUGAUGUGCAUGUGCCCCCCGAGAUCAUUGAAGCCCUAAAGACCCUGACCUCCCUCUCACUCAUCCGCCCUGAGGCAUUCACAUAUGGUGUCCUCGCCACCGACAAGAUCCCCGGUUUGCUCUUGUAUGGACCUCCCGGCACAGGUAAAACGCUCCUCGCCAAAGCCGUGGCCCGCGAGAGCGGCGCAACAGUCCUUGAAAUCAGUGGCUCAGAUGUGUACGACAUGUACGUCGGCGAGGGUGAGAAGAACGUAAGAGCCAUUUUCACACUCGCCAAGAAGCUCAGUCCCUGCGUCGUUUUCAUCGACGAAGCAGAUGCUAUCUUCUGCUCGCGCACCGGGGCCAGCAGCCGCACUUCUCACCGCGAACUCAUCAACCAGUUCCUGCGCGAGUGGGACGGUAUGAACGACUUCUCCGCAUUCAUCAUGGUCGCUACCAACAGACCCUUCGAUCUGGACGAUGCUGUCCUCCGCCGUCUGCCCCGUCGACUCCUAGUCGAUUUGCCGACCGAGGAAGACCGUCUCGCCGUCUUGAAGAUCCACCUUAAAGAGGAGCAGCUCGAUGCCGCCGUGGAUCUUGCGGAACUAGCCCGUCGUACACCGCUGUAUUCCGGGUCCGAUCUGAAGAACCUGUCAGUGGCGGCUGCCUUGGCUUGCGUCCGCGAGGAAAAUGAGGCAGCAGCCAAGCACACCGGUGACGAGCCAUACAGCUACCCGGAGCGACGUGUUCUGACGCGUACUCACUUUGAACGUGGAUUGGAAGAAAUCAGCGCUUCUAUUAGUGAAGAUAUGUCAUCGCUAGCGGCGAUUCGGAAGUUCGAUGAGCAAUACGGUGACCGGAAGGGGAGGCGGCAGAAGAGCUCUGGCUGGGGAUUCAUUCCCGGUCCUGCUGGUGAAAGUUCGACUGAUUCAGCGCGUGUCCGGACUUGA